UAUAAAGAUCAUUUAUUUACUUUGCUGAAAUGAUUGGAGUUAAUAGUGUGCAGAGUACCAGCAAAGUCCGGGUGAGAGCUACAGGUUCAGUCAAAUAUCCACGAGAAGACCCCGUCUGGCGGCAAACCCACCGCUCAAAGUCUAUGAAAAUUUCCAACUCCACGGAGUUUUCUGCUAAGGAUGCUAAGGCUCUUUACAAUUCAAUCAAAAAUGAAAAGCUUGAGUGGGCAGUAGAUGACGAAGAGAAGAAAAAAUCCCCUUCUGAUGGUACUGAUGAGAAGGAUAAUGGAAAGUCUGUCAGUCGCAUCGGCAAUUCCAAUAACCCCUUUCUGGACAUUCCUCAUGAUCCCAAUGCUGCUGUGUACAAAACCGGAUUCCUGGCACGUAAAAUCCAUGCUGAUAUGGAUGGAAAGAAAACUCCACGAGGAAAGAGAGGAUGGAAAACCUUUUAUGCUGUCCUUAAAGGAACUGUGCUUUAUUUGCAGAAGGACGAAUACAAACCAGAGAAGGCUUUAUCAGAGGAUGACCUUAAGAAUGCCGUCAGCGUUCACCAUGCACUAGCAUCAAAGGCAACCGACUAUGAGAAGAAGCCAAAUGUCCUGAAAUUGAAGACAGCUGACUGGAGAGUUUUGCUUUUUCAAGCUCAGAGCCCUGAAGAAAUGGAGUCCUGGAUCAAUAAGAUCAAUUCUGUGGCAGCUGUUUUUUCUGCCCCACCGUUUCCAGCUGCAAUUGGAUCCCAGAAGAAAUUUAGCCGCCCUCUCUUACCUGCCUCUACCACCAAAUUAUCUCAGGAUGACCAGCUAAAAUCCCACGAGAGCAAACUGAAGCAGGUCUCUACUGAACUAGCUGAACAUCGUUCCUACCCACCUGAUAAGAAACUUAAGGGCAAGGAGAUUGAAGACUACAAGUUGAAAGACCAUUAUUUGGAAUUUGAGAAAACCCGUUAUGAAAUCUACGUGUCUCUUCUCAAAGAAGGAGCAGGAAAGGAGCUGCUGAGUACCAGUGAGAUUGAUGGUCCUGGACUGAAGAAAUGCCACUCCAGCCCUUCAUUAAAUCAGGAGUCUCCUGUUAGUGCCAAGGUGAAGCGUAAUGUCUCUGAGAGGAAGGACUAUCGACCGGAAACUCCCAGUAUCAAGCAGAAAGUUACUUAAGAAAACUAAGGCAGGCUGAAGGAUCACGCACCGCUCUC